CCGAGUCCGAAUUUUUUUGGCAAAAAAUUAUGUACCUAAUUUGGGUUUAUACACAACACUUGAAAAUGAUUGAUUUAAUUAAAUCCCUAACUAAUCCCCUAAUUAAACUCUCAAUUAACCCCUAAAGUCUUAAAAAGAAAAAGAAAAGCAACGUGACGGGCUUUGGUGAGCCUCUAUAUUUGGGGGAUCCCCCAUUUCCACCCCCAAAUUUGGAGUUCCAUUUGCAGGAUCCUCCAUUUUUGGAGAUCCAAACCUCCCCAUUGGACCAUCUCCUCCUCCAUUUUUGCAAAUUCUCCCAUAAAUGGGGUGCCCAUUGGACUCAGCUAAGGAUGGGCUGGAAAACGGGGUGGAGACGCGACACUCGGUUGCGCUGUGCCUGCUUGCCUGUCCGCUGGGAAUUCUCACUCACCUCAUCACCAAGAUCUUUACUGCCCGGAGUCCACAUCAGCAACCACCAACCUAGUUAAAACACUACUCUUUUGUAUUGCCCGUGUCCUGUUAAUGUAGCUAUAACUAGUUUACUUUUUUUCUGUUUGUUGAAUAGAUAAAUUUCACUAUAUUUGGUUUGGGUGAGACCCAUCUCCUGGUUACAUUUCAUAAGCAACAAUAACACUUGUUCGAAGUAACAUGCAUAUUUAUUUGGUACUACUAAAAAAGAGAACCCAAAUUGUUCCAUUAUUGGAAAACUCGACAAAGGAACAUACAUCAUAAUAUGUUUACGACAUCCAUGUCGAUCGAUUCAUCAACAAUAUAUAGUUGUCACGGAGCGUAAAAACAAAAUGUAUGCAAGGGAACAUACUUCACACGUGGCUGAGUCCGAGAAGGAUAAUGAUGUCGAGGCUAGGAAGACAGUGUUGACAACACCACACGUGGCUGAGUACAAGCCUCCCCUUAAUUUUUCACAAGGAUGUACAAAGACCAACUUGAAGUCUAGUUCGGCAAGUUCAUGGAUGUCCUCAACAAGUUGAACGUGACUGUACUAUUCUUGUAUGCUUUAGCUCAAAUGCCAAAGUAUGUCAAGUUCAUGAAGGAGAUGCUUUGGCAGGGAGUGCUCGACCAUCCUCCAAAAAAAGCUUUCUCAGAAACAACAAAUCCAGGUAGCUUCACUAUACCUUGCUAAAUAGGAUCAUUGCAUUUAGAGAAGUCAUUGGCGAACUUAAGGGUAAGCAUCAUAUAAGGUUUAUAUGAAGCUAGGCCCAGGUGAACUAAAGAGUACCAAAAUGAAUGAGCCUCCUGCUGAUAGAUCGGUAGUUCUGCGUAGGGGAAUAGUAGAGGAAAUUCCAAUACAAGUGGGGAAGUUCUACUUCCCUACGGACUUCGUAAUUCUUACUAACCUAAUGAUCUCCUGCGCAAGCAGAUGAGCUCCGAUACAAUGUUCUUUGAUAUCAAGAAGGAUAUCGAGGUCCCAUUAUAGUAAGACGCCAUUCUCUAGCCACCGCCAAUGCUUUGGUCAAUGUAGAUGAUGGUACACUAAUAUUGAGAGCCACUUAUGAGCGUAUCACCUUCUCUAUUGCUCAAAAUAUUGAUUAUAUAACACUGAAUGAAAGCUUUGACACUGAAAAUGUGAAGGAAAGACCUAAGCCCUUGAAGGGCAUGUUCACCUUGAAUAAUUCUGUGACCCAUGAGGUGGACAUAUCUUGCUUGUUUGCUUCAUUUGACAUGGUGAAUGUUGAGGCUCAUCCCAUGGUGGCAAUAGGUAAGACCACACAAGAGUGGAGACUGAAGUUAUUGAGCUCUAAGAUGGCCCAUGGAAGGGCGAGAGGAAAGGAGAAGGAAGAAUUGCCAAAAGAUGGCCACUUAAAAGGUAAUAAAGGGAUGACAUGCCCUAGGAGUGUGGUGAAAUCCACCAAUUGUGUCUAGUUAAAGAUAUAAAAAAUAGAGCUUGUUGGGAGGCAACAUAAUGUAGGUUUGUGUUUCUUUUUCUUAUUUUCCUUUUUUUUGUGUGUUAAAUUCAAUCUUUCACCUUCAUUUGGUCAUUAGAUGUGUUGUGUUCGAGUUUCGACCACGCACAAGUCAAUCAGGUUCAAAAAUUAACAAAGUCAUGAGACUGUGAAGAGUUGACAGUUUUAAUGCAAUGUUCACGGUCUCUUGGCCGUGACAUUUGCACUAACCUACGAGAUGCAUAGAAGUUUUUGGGUUGAUAACAAACCUCACGACUUGAAUAUGAUUGUCACUGCCUCAGCUCGUAACAUUUUACAUAGCCUUGAAGUUGAUUGACCCAACACUCAUCAUUUUGUGUAGGAAUCACGGUUUAGUGUUGAUCUCACGGUCUGGCCACGACUUUUGCACUGAAACCAUGAGGUUUCUCAUUGGACAAGGACAAAAAUGACUAAAUGAGCAUGAACUCCCCAACCAACCGUGAACAUCGCCCAGACCGCCGGAAUCCUUUGUUCUUCGCCGGAAAACAUCACCACCUACGGGCUACGGAGAUGGCCCAAAAAUAUCUAAUAAAUUCAAUAUAAAGGAGCAUUAUAGUGGGCCAGCAAGUAGCCGUAGGGCUGUGACCUAAGUGGUAAUGGGCCUUCGCCAUCUUCGCCAACUAUACUAACACCAAAGUAAACCAAAGGAGCAUGUGCAUUGUGCAGUGCAUUGUACUGAAAGCUUGGUACCGGUAUUUGGGAUAUACCGAAUACCGUAUCGAAUUUGUCUAUAUUUGGUAUUACUGAAUACACGUAUUAUUUUUUGGGAUUGGAAUUGAAUUUCAAUUAUUAUUCGGUAUUAGAGAUUACGGGAUUGGGAUCCGUAUAUACCGAAAUACCGAUCAAUACCGAAAUAUAAGCUAGUGUGUAUUUUAUCUUAUCAACUAGACUCUCUCAUUCACUACUGCAUGACCAUCGACCACCAAGAGUGUCAUUUAAUUAUGCACAGAUCAUUCCAUCAUUAUUAAUAGUCGUCUCUCAACCUCCAAUUCGUCAAAUUAAAGAUUACCAAUGACAAGAACUUGAGAUGUCUCCCCUCCUCCAUUCUCCUUAAUAAUAUCCUAAUUCAAGA